CGGCCGGCCGCGGUCGCUACGGUGCUACGAGCUCCUCGUAGCCGAUCGCUACGAGUGUUGUAUUGUUCGAAUAGUUUGUGAAGUGUGGAAUGUUACAAUUUAGGACUUGAGCGGCGGGAGGACUGUGGUGCCGGCAUGACGCUGAUCGGAAGCUUCGCUACCUUACUGCUGUUAUGUAUCGUAUCCUGCGCCAGCCAGCUGAUCUUCCUGAUGGAGCCGCCUCCCCGCCUGGCUUUCUCGAACAGCACCGGCGCAAAGGUGUCGUGUGCGGCGCACGGCAGCCCGCCACCCGUCAUCAGCUGGCUUACUGAAGAUGGAGUACCGGUGUCUGAUAUACCUGGUCUGAGGCAAGCGUUGUCGAACGGCACGUUGUGGUUGGCGCCAUUCUCAGCGGCGCAGUAUCGCAGCGACGUGCACGCGGCGGUGUACCGCUGCCGCGCGUCUGCCAGCGCCGGGACCAUAUUGUCCCGCGAUAUGCGAGUGGAUGCUGUAAUGGACGUGGCGUGGGAGGUGCGUGCGCAGCCGACGCACGGCGUGGCGGGCGGCGUGGCGCUGCUGAGCUGCACCGCGCCGCCCAGCGUGCGCCCGCACGUCACCGUCACCAACUGGUACAGGGAUGGAGCUGUUCUCUCCUCCAUUGAUGAGGAUACUGGCCCGUUCGUGGUAGCAGGAGGUCGCGGUGAUAUCCUGGUGAUCAGGAACGCUCGGCCCGACGACGCGAGCUCGUUCUCCUGUGAGGCGCUGCAUCAGCUCACUGGUGAAAAGAGGCGGAGUCCAACAGCUAUGAUCGCUGUUUCGCAGAGCACGGGGAGUAUGGCCCCACGAAUACUCGCCAUAUCAGAAGACGAGAGCGUGCCCCAGGGCGGCGACAUCCGCCUCGUCUGCUGCGCCAUCGGCAACCCGCCGCCCACAUACAGUUGGUUCCGGUGGAGCGCGGGCCGCGCGAGCCCGGUGGGCGGUGGGGCGGGCGAGGCGGGGGGGCGCGUGUCGGCGGCGGGCGCGGUGCUGGCGCUGCGGCGCGCGGCGGCGGCGGACAGCGGCGCGUGGACGUGCCGCGCGCACAACGCGCUGGGCGAGCAGCGCCGCGACGCCACGCUCAGCGUGCGCGCGCGCCUGCUCGUCACCGUGCACCCGCAACUGCAGAUAGCGAACUCGGGCAGCACGGUGACGUUCAACUGCUCGGUGGAGGGUGGCGGCGCGCGCGUGCGCUGGCUGCACGACGGCGUGCCGGUGGGCGGCGCCGAGCCGCUGCUGCGCGUGCGCGGCGUGCGUCGCGCGCACCGCGGCAUGUACCAGUGCGUGGCCGAGCGCGGCCGCCACGUGGCGCAGGCCGCCGCCGAGCUGCGCCUCGGAGAUACAGCACCAGAGCUCCACUACACGUUCAUAGAGCAGGCCUUACACCCAGGACCGGCUGUCGCUCUUCACUGUUCAGCUUCAGGGUCUCCAUCACCUCGGUUCACUUGGCUUCUGGAUAUGCAACCUAUUGAAGAACACAACACACCACAAAGAACCAUCAGUCAGUUCCUGAGCCCGUCCGGCGAGGUGGUGAGCUACCUGAACCUGACGUCAGUGCGCGCGGAGGAUGGCGGCCGCUACACGUGCCGCGCGCACAACUCGCGCGGCGCCGCCGACCACUCCGCGCGGCUCAAUGUAUACGGGCCGCCGUCGAUCCGCAGCAUCGCGCCGGUGCGCGCGGUGGCCGGCGCCAACACCACCGUGCACUGCCCCUACUCAGGAUUUCCAAUCAGUGAGAUCCGGUGGCAGCGCGGCGGGGUGGACAUCCCGUCGGGCGAGGCGGCGGGCGGUGCGGGGGGUGCGCGCGCGUCGCUGCGGCGCGGAGGCGCGCUGGCGCUGUGGCCGGCGGACGCGGCCGACGCGGGCCUGUACUCCUGCCGCGUGCUCGCGCCCGACGGACACUACGCGCAGAAGGACGUGCAGAUCUUCGUGCGCAAUCCACCAAAAAUUGCGGGCUUCUCGUUCCCUGCGGACCUAGUAGAGGGUAGCUCCAUUCAAGUGCUAUGUGGAAUCACAUCUGGAGACAAACCAGUAUAUUUCUCGUGGCUAAAAGACGGACAAACAAUUCCUUCUGACUUACAGGUACAAGAGAAGUCGCUGGACGAGUUCAGUUUCCUGAUAUUUUCCCACGUGACGUCGAAGCACAGUGGCGAGUACACCUGCGUGGCGAGCAACUCCGCCGCCGAAGUCAACCACACGGCCAGACUUGCGGUCAAAGUGGCGCCAUCUUGGGAGUACGAGCCGCAAGAUGUGUCAGUGUUACUGGGGACGCCGAUAAUGGUGCACUGCGCAGCCAAAGGAUACCCGGAACCGAAAAUUACUUGGCUGAAAGGACAUGGCUCUAGUCCGAGCGAGUUCCGUCCGCUGUCGGCGGCGGAGGGCGGCGCGGCGGCGCUCGCCAACGGGUCGCUGAGCGCUGGCGCGGCGGCGCGCGCGCUCGAGGGCCGCUACAUGUGCCGCGCCGACAACGGCGUCGGCCGCGGCCUCAGCAAGCUCGUCACCGUCGCCGUCAACGAGCCGGCGCAGUUCGAGUACUCGUCGCGCAACAUGUCGGUGCGGCGCGCGGCGGCGGCGGCGCUGCAGUGCGCGGCGCGCGGCGACCCGCCGCUGCAGCUGCACUGGACGCACAACAUGCGCCCGCUCGACCUCAACACCUACCGGAUAUCAGUAUCAGAGAAGAGGUCCGAAAAUGGAGCCGUUUCCGAACUGAACAUUGCUCACGCGCAGCGACGAGACUCCGGGGUGUACCGGUGUCGCGCUGAAAACGCGUACGGGCGGGAUGAAUUGUUGAUAUAUUUAGCUGUACAAGAGUUCCCGGAGGCGCCGCGCGGGCUGAGGGUGGUGCGGCGCGAGGCGCGCGCGGCGCUGCUGGCGUGGCGCCGGGGCUUCGACGGCAACGCGCCGCUGCGCGCCUUCCGCCUGCAGCUGCGCGCCGUCGCGCCGCGCUCCGCCCCCGCCGACUGGCGCCUCGCGCCCGCGCGCGACCUGCCCGCGCACGCGCUCACGCAUAGGUGCGUAGAGACUUGCCAACUGCACGAAUCAUAUUAUAUACUAGCUUUACUAGCGACUUUUUGCGUUUAUCUAUAA